AUGGAUAAGUUUCUAAUUCCUAAAGCUUCGGUUCCCUCAACUUCGCCUGAUGUUGCCUCAACAUCUUCUGUUUUUUCAACAUCAUCUACAAUAACUCCCUCUAAAUAUCCAGGUCUGGAUACAAAUGAUUCUUUUAGUGAAAAUGAAAAUGAAAUAAGUGUUCAUGAGUCAGAUGAGUCUCACAGUGACAGCAAUGAGGGAAAUAUGGAAUGGUUGGAAGUGAAGGGUAAUGGUGCAACUUGCAAAAUUUGUGACGUUAAUAUUAAAGGAGGUAUCACCCAUAUAAAAAGACACGGUGACAGUGACCGACACAAGAAGAAGAUGAAGAUUGUAAGCAGUACACCCCAAGUUACGAAUUUCCUAAAGACGAAUAACAAACAGGAGGAGCGCCUUAAAACUUCAGUUAAAAAGGCUGAAAUAAAGAUGGUUAUGUUUGUUGCGGAACAUAAUCUUCCUUUUACGACACUAGAUCACCUUCCACAACUUAUAAAAUCAAUUUGUAGUGACUCAGAAAUUGCAAAGCAAUUUCGGUGUGGUAGUGAUAAGGGAACUUUUAUAUGUAAAAAUGUUAUUGAACCUGACAGUUUAAAAUGUAUGACUGAAUACAUGAGUGAUAACUGGUACUCGCUUAUAAUCGAUGAGACAACAGAUGUAAGUACAACAAAGUAUUUGGCAAUUGUUGCUCAUUUUUAUAAAGAUUUUCAAGUUAAAGAUAAGUUUCUGGGCCUUAUUGAACUUGAGGAAUUAACUGCUCAAGCAUUGUUUGAGACAAUUUCAGAUAAUGCAUCUGUCAUACAAGGUAAUAAAUCUGGUGUUGCCAAAAAAUUUAGAGAUUUGUUACCUGAUAUAUUUAUUUUGGGAUGUGUAUGCCAUACUUUGGCACUCUGUUCUUCUGCUGCGUGUGCAAAGUUACCAAUAGAAGUAGAGGUAAAAUGUUUAGACUUUUAUAUUGAGCUUGCAAGACAAGUUAAAAGUCGAUUUGACUUUAGUGAUCCAGUAUUGAUAUUUUUAAAUAAUUUUAAUCCAACAACUGCUGUUUCUGGAAAUUGUCCAUCAUUAGUUCCACUUGCUGUACGAUUUCCUAGACUACAAGACAAUUUAGAAAAACUGAAUUCUGAAUGGAGAUUGUUAUCGGAUAUUGCGGAUUUAAAAGAUAAAGCCAAUAAUCUUAAAUUUUAUGAGUUUUGGAAGUUUGUGAAUACGCUCGGUAGUGAGUGGACGCAAUCUAUCAACAUGGUGAACUGUUUUGUGUGCGGAGAAUCUACAAGUGAAGAGAACGAGGUGACUGUGAAAGAACGUGGCAUUAAGACUCUUUUAUCGGCAAGCAUUGUUAGAGGUGAUAAUGAACACCAGCAAAUGCUCGAAUCUGUGGAUAGCGUUACCCUACACGUGGCGUGUCGUUUGCGUUAUAUUGAUACAAGAUGUGUGGGAGCACCUCGACGCCGCCGUGACUCUGUUGCACCGUCUACGUCCUCAGCAGUGGAAUCGCAAGCACCACCGACGUUUGAUUUUAAAAGCCAUUGCUUCAUUUGUGCGGAAAGAAUACAGAGUUUGUCAGAAGAAAUGAGGUUGCAUGUGAGAAAGCGAAAACCGGUUCGCACUGUUACGCGAAAUUCGAUCAGGAAUACGAUUUUGAAUUGGUGUAAUUCACGCACCGACGACUUUGCAAGUGAAAUAGUUGCGCGCAUUCAAAAUGUUAGUGACUUUGUAGCUGUUGGCGCGCGAUAUCACGCCUCUUGUGUCCGUAAAGUAAAUCGCGGGUGUUCGAAAGAUCGAGCCGGAAGACCAGUCUCUAACGAAGAGUGUAUCAAAGGAGAUUUCGUGCCGUAUCCGACAACUAUAAAGCAGCGCUUACAGGAAGAGUACGGUCAUGAAAUUCUGAUCUUUGAGAAACAAGGAACGCCUUGUAUAAUUUGUUUCCGUAAUACUGGUUACAAAAUACUUUCGAAAGCCUGGUACGACGCAAAGAAUUCCGAUCCGGAGGAAGAAAGGUUGAGAGUGAUUCGCGAAGCAGCUGCCAUUAUUGUCGAGGACAUACGCUCAAAACUCUACGAUACAAAAUCAUAUCCCCCCUCCGAUAAUUUCAUGGACAACGUGGACGACUCCAUUCCCGCUUCUCUGAACGUGCUACUCUCCGAAAUUAUUUGUAAAACCAAAAAAGGAUCGCUGGAAUCUUGGAAAAGGAAGUGUACUUCUAUCGCGCAUGCUAUUAUAUCGGCAGUUCGUCCGCGGUCUUUCAUUUCUUCUUUACAAAUCGGCGUUGGCGCUUUCUUGUACAAGAAAUUUGGCUCCAGACUUUUGAUUGACGUUCUUUCAUCGCUGGGAUUUUCCUCGUCGUAUGAGAACGUAUCAUCGUACGAAGCUACUUCCAUCACGCGACCACAGCGCCAAGUAAAAGACACCGAUUUUAUACAGUUUGUUUACGACAAUGCCGAUUUCAACAUUAAUACGCUGGACGGGCAUGACACGUUUCAUUGUAUGGGAGGAAUACAAUGCGUAACGCCAUUCGACGCUAUUGAACCUGAUACAGAAAUGACUCGAAGCUCAGUCAGAAAAUCCGCUGCGGCUAUUGCACAAAUUGGGCAUGAAGAAAUGCGAUACUACGGAAAAGAGAAAUUGGCUGGUUUCCGAAAAGUUCAAGUUGCGAAAAUUGCGACCGCGGGCACUAUUUCUAAAACAUGUCUUCCAACCAUUGGCGAUUUCAUGUGGUUGUACGGGAAAUGGGCCUGCGUAGCUGGCAUACCGGGGUGGAAUGGUUUUAUGGAAGAAGUUACUGUCAACAAGAGCUUCGUGAGGUCAAAAGUCAUGUUUAUCUCAUUCAUCAACGGUUCUCCUUCCGAUUACGACACGAUUUACACGACGCUGUGCUCGGCUCUCGACAGGAGCAAGGCUACCAGGUGCAAGUCAUGUAUCAUUACAUUCGACCAGCCGCUGUUUUGGAAAGCUCACGACAUUGUUUCCAACGCCGAUCCUUCGUCUGAAUUGAGUUCCAUCAUCGUUCGCCUCGGGGGAUUCCACAUUCUACUUUCAUUUCUGGGAGCCAUCGGCUAUAUAAUGAGGGGUAGCGGACUCGAAGAUCUUUUAAAAAUCAUUUACGCUGAAAAUAGCGUUGAUAAGAUUCUCUCUGGACAUGCUUACUCGAGAGCAGUUCGUGCUCAUUUCCUCGUUCAUGCGUCCCUAGCGAAGCGGAUCAUGGAGACGAUUGACUUUCAAGAUAUCGAACGCGAAGAGGUUGAGCGACUUUUGUUAACCUCAGAUCGGACUGUUGUCCUCACAGCGGGAGAAAACGAUGCUGUAAAAGAAGUUGUCCGAAAAUUUGAAGCGGCGGUGAACCGAACCGAGCAGAGUGGGCCCACCGCUAAACUGUGGGUGCAGUACUUUAGAAUGGUCACCUUGGUAAAACAUUUCAUCGAAGCAGAACGUUCCGGUGACUGGGAUCUUCAUCUCAAUGCAAUUCGAGGGAUGCUUCCUUUCUUUUACGCAAGCGGACACUUUCUGUACGCGAAGAGCGCUCACCUAUACCUCCAAGAUAUGGAAAAUUUACCGGGCAAAAUGCCGGCGGAUGAGUUCGAAAAAUUCACAACACAAGGCUACUUCACAAUAAGGCGCAGCAACAAAUUUUGGUCAGGCAUCAUGUCCGAUCAAACAAUAGAGCAAACGCUGAAUCGGGAAUCAAAAAUUCAUGGUGGAAUGUUCAAGCGGGGAGCUGACGAGAGCGUGGCAGUAAGGUGGACCAUGAGUGCGGUACAUAUGCAAAAUAUUUGCCAACAAAUUGAAGAUUUCUGCGAUGUUCAUGGCGGAACAACUGAGCAGCACGUUGACUUUAAACCGAGUCGUGUGAGAAGAGACAAUUCAGAUAUGAAAAAAAUUGACCACUGGUUCGAUGAUCACAAUCCUUUCCCUACGGAUUCUCAAAUUAUGUCGAUUAGUUCGGGUAUAAUCGGCACUGAAAACAUCAAUUGCCAUCUCGCUUCAGAAAUUGGUAUAAAAUUGCUCAACAAUUUGGUCGGUACAAAUUACGAUUCGGUGAAAUUCAAACGAAAAGAUAAAGUUUCACCCUUAUCAGCAGUUGGCAGCAGCAUAACAAUCGACAAAACGUCUGUGCCCAUAAACCCCCUCCUGCUUUUUCAACGAAUCAGCAUUUCUAAACAAACAAACGAAGACCUGAAGGAUUGUUUUGGGUAUGAGCUUGCACCGUACCCUCUUUCGUUGUUUAACGAAGAAGGAAUGAGGAAAGGUACGAAGUCCACGUUUUACAACGCUUUUGUAUUCGAUGGUUACCCUGAAGAUUUACAAACAGUCUUUUUGAAGGGUUGGGAACGGAGAAGACGCGCAGCCAAGCACCGUUCGCCUGAAGUAAUUGUCAACGCGACCGCAUUUCCCCCUACGACACAGGAAAAAUUUUUGGGCAACGACAAGAACAAGGCAAGGCUUAUUGACAUUUUAAAAAAAGCUUUGCAGGAUUCUGGUGUCGUUAUUCAGCAAGCACCGGCAGACGCCGAUUCUUUCAUCGUAGGAACGGCAAUUCAAGAAGCCUCAAAUCACGACGAAGUUACGAUCAUCGGCGAGGACAUCGAUCUCCUCGUGAUACUAACUGCCUUAGGGUAUCAUUUGAAUAACGUUUUCUUCAAGAAACCGGGCAGAGAACGGACUCCGGAACAAUUAUAUUCACCGGCAAGUUUUAAGUAUGAAGAGUCUGUAGCAAAACAUAUUUUGUUCUUACAUGCCUGCAGCGGAUGCGAUACAACGUCUUCAAUAUUCAACGUAGGAAAAUUGAAAUUCAUCGAGACUCUCAAGAAAAACAACAAUUUGAACAAAGCUCUGAGCUUGUUCCGCGAGGCAAACAUUCACAAACAUUGUUUGGCUCAAGCUGGAGAAUGUUUCCUAAUCGCAUUGUUUGGAGGCGAUGAAAAUGUAAAAACACUGGACGACCUGAGAUUUAAGAACUUCACAAAAUCAGUUACGAGGAACAAAUUCAAUUUUGCCACACUUCCACCUACUUCGGCAGCAGCAGAACAACAUAUCUACAGGACGUACCUGCAGGUGCAAAUGUGGAUGGAGUAUGAAGUCAACGCUACGGAAUGGGGGUGGAGAAAAACUAAUCGCGGACUCGAACCUAUCGCUACAAUGGCCGAUCCAGCACCAGAAUUUUUGCUGAAGACAAUAUCGUGAAAAUGUAACUCCACCAAAACAACUAAUGAUGAGAAAUAG